AUGGGUCCUGUACGGCCUCCCAUUGCUGCUGUCUCCAUCGCCACAUCUCUGCCAUGUGCCACUUUCAGGUCUCCUCACACUGCUGGUGAGUGUUCCAUUUUUGUCAUAGGGUGCUGUUAUGGCCUCCCAUUGCUGUAAUUGCCUGCAGUAAUCCGCCACACUGUGGCUCCACACUCUGGUUUUGGCCCCGUGACUGCCCAAAUGAGUGAAGUGCACAGUGUGCGGUGAUUCUAAGAUCGACGGCAUUAUCAUUGCAUGUCAUACUGACUGUCAGUAUUAUUUUCUUUUCCCCAGCAGACUCCAAGGGCAUUUAAAUUAAAGGUACAGUGUUCUGCACUAAUAUAA